AUGUCCAAUUUUCGUGACUUACCAGGCGCAGCUUUCCGCAUGGAUACCCAGUUGGAGGUAACUACCGUCCUCGCCAACUGUGGGGACAACGUCGGCCUCGCUUCAAGGGCUAUAAGACUCUGGAUAGAGUCGAAACAGAGAAAAGGACGAGCAGAAACGGACAUAAUAGCCAAAGUGGAGGGGAUGGAGAGGAAAUAUACAUUCGACGCAAGUCUACACGAGGCAUUUCAUGCCGCACGAGCAGAAACAGGUCUCCCAAGAUCAAAAGUCCUCCCUCCCUCUCGUCGCGUCCGAGAAGCGGAAGAAAGAGAGCGUCAAGCUGCAGGCGGAUCUCCCACCACUCCAACAGCGCCUUCCAUCACUGCCUCAGGAUCCCAUUUCCCGCUCCCUAACAGCCCUGUCCAGCUCUCGUCUCCGCACAGUUUCCCCACUCCGAGCUUGACGAUAGGGAGCAGUGCACCCAGUUCGAGCCUCGCUAGUCCUAGCCUGGGGGGUGGACACCCGCACCAUAAGCAGGAGGAGAGGACGUACACCGCUCUCCAGGGAGAAUGGCACCCAUCCCAUCCCUACCCUUCCCAGGAGAUGCAUAUGCAAAUGCAGGCCCAAGCGCGCUAUUCCCCAGAAUCACACUUGCCUUACUUGCGCACUCCUUCACCCGCGCCGACGGGCAGCACACGCCGUUGGUCCCAGGGAUCGUACGAGACGAUCACUUCGGGCGGGAUGACAGAUGCGUCGGAAUCGAUCUACUCGUUCGCGACGGGUUCGACGGGCUCGACAGGGGCGAGCGGGUCUUCAGGCGCUUCACUCGAAGAAGAGGACGGGGAAAGCGUGUUUAGAGCAUAUGUUUCAGGCGGGUUCCCGAUGACUAGAACGACGGCGCAGACCCCGAGACUGAGGGAGGGCGGGAGUCCGGCGGUGUCUUUGAGGGCGAGGGGGUUCCCUCUCACUAGAACGGGGACGAGUGGGUUGGGGAGGACGAGAGACGGCUGGGGGCAGGCACAGGCGCAGGCACAGCAAACGCAGGCACCGGGGCAGAGUGAGGGUGAGAGAGCACAGAGUAGAGCGAGUGAGGCGAGCUCGGGUUCUGGCACAGGGACGGACGAGAGUCUGAGAGAUUGGAGAGCUGCGGUGGACUUGAUCGAGCAGUUUCCCUCUACGCCCACUUCCCGAGCACCUCCACACCCACACCCACACGAAGACGGAGGUGUCACCCCCCGGCCACAUCCAGGGCGCCUCCAAGUCCGGCAACAACAAGCCCGCCCAGACUCGCCCUUGAUCACAUUCUCCCUCCCCCCCGCAGCUCUGAGCGCGGCAGAACAGAGCAGUCUAGCUCGCUCGCCUACCACGCCAACGUCAACGCCAACGCCUUCGUGGGUGAUUCCUAACCCUUCACCUACGAGCAACGCUCAUCCGCAAGUACAAGGUCAACCGCACGCAUUCGGACCUCGACCACGCCCGCCUUCGGGUCAAAGACAACUAGUCUCCCCUCUCUCGCCUCCAGGGAGUCAUAGCAGGUCCAGCUCUAGCUCCAGCUCGGCACCAUCCGAAAAACUCCAUCAGGGAACUUCCCCUGUCUCCCCUAUCUCCCCCCGAAUAGGAGGGGCGAGCACCUUACAGCGGCAAGCCUCUGGCAGGCUAGUGAACGGCAAAAGCCCCUUGCACCAGUCUUACCCCCCAGCCCACAACAGCGGCGUAGGCGCAGGCUCAGACGAAUCAUUCCCCUCCCCUAGCUCUCCCUUCCCCCCAGCACCAGGAAUCGCAGUCUCAGUCCAAACAUCUAGAACUCCAACGCCUAACACCGCAACCGCAAGCCCCAUAAGCCCGUACACCGCAGUCUCCGCCUCCCUAGCCUCAGGCUAUUCCCCCAGCACCUACACUCCCUCCCCCUCCUCCUACUCCGGAACGGCAGGGUCGAGACUCUCUGCAGCGUCCGCAGGCUCAGGAAGCUCGGGUUCGGGAAGCGGGAGACAUGUAAUGAGACAUCAGGUUUCGAGGGAAUCUGUGCGCAGUGUGGAUACGUUGCCGCCCCCGGCGUAUAGUCCUAUUGACCCGAGGUUGAUGGACGCUUUGGGGAUUUAG